GAGGCGGCCGGACCCGCGAGCCUGCGCACGUGCACGGCUGACGCGCGGGGCUCGCCAGCUGGGCAGGCGCAUGGAGGCCACCUGCGAGCCCCGCGGCGGCUGACCAGACGGCGCGGCGGAGACUGCGUCCCCUGCCUGGGCCUCCACGGCUCAGAGCGGGCGGCGGGGGCGGGUUCGGCCAAAGCCCGCUCCUCGGAGAGCCGGCCUGGAAGUUUCAGCCCGGCGGAGCCCGGGCUGCGGGGUGCAGGCCUCUGCUGGUCCUCUGGGUGCCCGCAGGGAUGGGUAAAGCCCGCCAGGCCCGAGGCGCUUCCUAGGGGCCGCUGUCUCACUAGGGCCUCGUGGCUGCGCUAGGAUGCACCUCUCGGCCGUGCUCAACGCCCUCCUGGUGUCGGUGCUGGCGGCCGUGCUGUGGAAGCACGUGCGGCUGCGCGAGCAUGCGGCCUCCCUGGAGGAGGAGCUGGCCCUCGGCCGCCGAGCCCCCGAGCCCAACCCCGCAACGCGGAUCGACUACGCGAAGGCCCUGCAGAUCCUGACGGAGGGCGGCACGCACAUGGUGUGCACGGGCCGCACGCACACCGACCGCCUCUGCCGCUUCAAGUGGCUCUGCUACUCCAGCGAAGCCGAGGAGUUCAUCUUCUUCCACGGCAACGGCUCUGUGAUGCUGCCCAGCCUGGGCUCCCGGCGCUUCCAGCCGGCCCUGCUCGACCUGUCCACCGUGGAGGACCACAACACCCAGUACUUCAACUUCGUGGAGCUGCCGGCCGCUGCCCUGCGCUUCAUGCCCAAGCCCGUGUUCGUGCCCGACGUGGCGCUCAUCGCCAACCGCUUCAACCCGGACAACCUCAUGCACGUUUUCCACGACGACCUGCUGCCCCUCUUCUACACCCUGCGGCAGUUCCCCGGCCUGGCCCGCGAGGCCCGGCUCUUCUUCAUGGAGGGCUGGGGCGAGGGCGCCCACUUUGACCUCUACAAGCUGCUCAGCCCCAAGCAGCCCCUCCUGCGGGUGCAGCUAAAGGCCCUGGGCCGGCUGCUGUGCUUCUCCCAUGCCUUCGUGGGCCUCUCCAAGACCACUACCUGGUACCAGUAUGGAUUUGUCCAGCCCCAGGGUCCGAAGGCCAACAUCCUCAUCUCCGGCAACGAGAUCCGCCAGUUUGCCCGGUUCAUGACGGAAAAGCUGAACGUGAGCCACGUAGGCAGCCCCCUGGGUGAGGAGUACAUCCUGGUCUUCAGCCGCACCCAGAACAGACUCAUCCUGAAUGAGGCAGAGCUCCUGCUGGCACUGGCUCAGGAGUUCCAGAUGAAGACGGUGACGGUGUCCCUGGAGGACCGCGCCUUUGCAGACGUGGUGCGGCUGGUCAGCAGCGCCUCCAUGCUGGUCAGCAUGCACGGGGCCCAGCUGGUCACUGCCCUCUUCCUGCCCCGUGGGGCAGCGGUGGUGGAGCUCUUUCCCUACGCCGUCAACCCCGAGCACUACACCCCCUAUAAGACGCUGGCCACGCUGCCUGGUAUGGACCUCCAGUAUGUAGCGUGGCGGAACACGAUGCCAGAGAACACAGUCACGCACCCGGAGCGGGCCUGGGAUCAGGGAGGCAUCACCCACCUGGACCGGGCCGAGCAGGCCCGGAUCCUGCAAAGCCGGGAGGUCCCGCGGCACCUCUGUUGCCGGAACCCCGAGUGGCUCUUCCGAAUCUACCAGGACACCAAGGUGGACAUCCCAUCACUCGUCCAAACCAUUCGGCGUGUGGUGAAGGGCCGCCCAGGGCCAAGGAAGCAGAAGUGGACGGUCAGCCUGUACCCCGGCAAGGUGCGGGAGGCGCGGUGCCAGGCAUCGGUGCAGGGCGCCUCAGAGGCCCACCUCACCGUCUCCUGGCAGAUCCCAUGGAACCUCAAGUACCUGAAGGUGAGGGAGGUGAAGUACGAGGUGUGGCUCCAGGAGCAGGGGGAGAACACCUACGUGCCUUACAUCCUGGCCCUGCAGAACCACACCUUCACCGAGAACAUCAAGCCCUUCACUACCUACCUGGUGUGGGUCCGCUGCAUCUUCAACAAGACCCUCUUGGGACCCUUUGCAGACGUGCUGGUGUGCAACACGUAGCGAGCGGUGCGGCCAGGCCUCGGGAGGAUGGCAACUCUGGCUCGGUGUCCCUGAGCCUGCCAGCUCCUGGGAGUGGCAUCUGGGAAUUAUUUAUUGAGCAGGCCUAUGCCUCUAGGUCAUCUUGCUGCAUCUGAGGUGUGCGGUUCUCAGCAGGCCUCUUUGCACAGGGACCUCCCCACCUGCUUCUCCCACCCUGAGCGUCCAUACCCUGGAGAGGGUCCUUAGAGGGAGGAGGAAGAGGAGAGUAAGAAUCCCAAAGAACUUCUUUGGCUAAGUGGUCAUGCUCUUCCCUACGGCAUCUUUCUGGUUGGUGUCGGGUUUCUGGAAACUGCUAGUAAUCAUGUGGUCAUUUGGGUGGCUGUUACAUUGACUUCUCUCAUCAUGAAAUUCACCUGUAGUGCCAUGAAGGGUAUGUUUGGAACAUUCAUUAAAUGCUUAUAAACA